UUUCCAUGUGAGGCUAAGAGAGACCCGAGACGUGUUUGGUUUCUUUGAACGGUUCUUCAGUAAGACUUUCAAAAUGUCAUCCAAACAAGAAAUAAUGAGUGAUCGGCGAUUUAGGCGAAUUUCAAAGGAUCCUAGGUUCUGGGAGAUGCCAGAAAAGGAUCGGAAAGUCAAAAUUGACAAGAGAUUUCGAGCCAUGUUUCAUGACAAAAAGUUCAAAUUGAACUAUGCAGUUGAUAAAAGAGGGUGCCCUAUCAAUCACAGCACUACUGAGGACUUGAAACGUUUCUAUGACCUUUCAGAUUCUGAUUCUGAUCUCUCUGAUGAAGAUAGCAAAGCAGUGAAUCAGCAGAAAAUGAAGAAGAAGAAAAACCAUAAGACAAAAAAAGAAAUAGAUUCAAAAAAUACUAUUGAGGAAAAAAAGGAAACCAAAAAUAUUAAUCAAAAGCAUCCUGGAAAUAAACAUGAUUUAGAUCAUUCUGAGAGAAUUAAGGAAAUCAAAAGCUUGGGUAAAUUUAAGAAGAUAGAUUCAGAAAUAACUUCUAAGAAGAACAGCAGAGAACUUACACAAACAAGUACAAAACAGAAAAAAAGCAUUACUGAAAAUAGAGAUUCUUUUUCCCAAAGGGAAACUAAAGACGGACCCAGGGUUCUGGUCUUAAAAGCAAGAGAUAGUGAUGGUAGCAUGUCUGACAAAGACGCUCUAGAGGAAGAUUCAGACAGUGCUGAUGAAAUAGGAAGUGAUGAGAAAUCUGAAGAUGAAAUCACAGGUGGCAGUGGAGCUUCAGCUGAUAAUGGAAGUGAAGAUGAAGAAGGUGACAGUGAGGAGGAGGAUGAAAGUGACAGUGGCCCUGAUCUUGCAAGGGGUAAAGGAAAUGUAGAAACUAGUUCUGAAGAUGAAGAUGACUUGGCAGAUUUAUUUCCAGAAGAACCUGGUUUUGAACAUGCUUGGAGAGAAUUAGAUAAAGAUGCUCCUCGAGCUGAUGAGAUUACACAUCGAUUGGCAGUUUGCAACAUGGACUGGGAUAGAUUAAAGGCAAAAGAUUUACUGGCUCUGUUCAACUCAUUUAAGCCUAAAGGAGGUGUUAUAUUUUCUGUAAAGAUAUAUCCUUCAGAGUUUGGAAAAGAGAGGAUGAAGGAAGAGCAAGUUCAAGGACCAGUAGAAUUAUUAAGCAUUCCUGAAGAUGCUCCUGAAAAGGACUGGAACUCUAGAGAAAAACUGAGACAUUAUCAAUUCAAACCACUGAAAUACUAUUAUGCAGUAGUGGAUUGGGAUUCUCCAGAAACAGCAAGUAAAAUUUAUGAAGAUUGUGAUGGCCUGGAAUUCGAAAGUAGUUGUUCUUUCAUAGAUCUAUGGUUUAUACCAGAUGAUAUUAUUUUUGAUGAUGAGCCGAAGGAUGUAGCCUUGGAAGUGGAUUUAACAGCAUAUAAACCAAAAUAUUUCACAUCUGCUGCAAUGGGAACAUCAAUGGUGGAGAUCACUUGGGAUGAGACUGAUCAUGAAAGAAUCACAACACUCAAUAGAAAAUUUAAAAAGGAAGAACUUUUGGACAUGGAUUUUCAAGCCUACUUAGCUUCCUCCAGUGAAGAUGAAGAGGUGAUAGAAGAGGAGCUGCAAGGUAAUGAUGAAGUUGGUGGAGAAGAUGAUGGGAAGACAAAAAAAAAUCAGAAGGAUGAUGAAGAGCAGAUUGCUAAAUACAGGCAGCUCUUGCAGGUUAUUCAAGAGAAAGAAAAUAAAAGAAAAGAAAAUGAUUUGGAAAUGGAAAUUAAGUGGGUUCCAGGUCUUAAAGAAAGUGCAGAAGAGAUGGUAAAAAACAGAUUGGAAGGAAAAGAUAAACUGACUCCUUGGGAACAAUUUUUAGAGAAGAAGAAAGAGAAAAAAAGACUGAAAAAAAAACAGAAGGCUCUUACAGAAGAGACCAGUGAAGAUGAACUUCCCGAUGUUGAUUUGAAUGACCCAUACUUUGCUGAAGAAGUUAAAAAAAUAGCUUUAAAGAAAAAAUCAGUGAAAUCUGUAAAAGAUGCCACCUCUCCAGAGGAAGAAACUGAAACAGAAAGACAAAAGACUGAAAUGGCUUUGCUUGUGAUGGAUGAGGAGGAGGACAGCAAGAAACACUUCAAUUACAACAAGAUUGUGGAACACCAGAACCUGAGCAAAAAGCAGAAGAAGAAGCUUAUGAAAAAGAAGGAAUUAUUAGAGGAUGACUUUGAGGUAAACGUGAGUGAUGCACGAUUUCAGGCAAUGUAUACUUCCCAUUUGUUCAAUUUGGACCCUUCAGAUCCUAAUUUCAAGAAAACAAAAGCUAUGGAAAAAAUUCUUGAGGAAAAAGCCCGGGAAAGAGAACAAAAAGAGCAAGAAAUUACUCAGGCAAUAAAGAAAAAUGAGACUGAAAAAGCAUCCCAAAAGAAGCCCAUUGAUCCUGCCUUGUCAGUGCUGAUUAAAUCUGUAAAAAACAAAACAGAACAGUUUCAAGCAAGAAAAAAGCAAAGAAUCAAAUGACUGGAUAUUGUUUCUUCUUAGAUUUAAAUGUGUUCUAAAGUAUACAAAAACAGAAAAGGGGACUUUAGAAAUAAAGUCCCCUUGUCACCUAAAAAAAUCUUUUUCUGACCAUAGUAAAAUUCCUUUCCAUGUAUACUUGUGCCUAAUUGUGGAUGAUUAAUUAAAUUACUUGAAUUACAAGAUUUAUAAAAUGUGUAUAUAUUAUGAAGGUCAGUUCUUACAGUUAGAAAGUUACUAGAAAUUAGCUUCUUAACAGACUGUUUCCAAUUCUGUAUAAAAAUACAGCGGUAUUUACUUGUAAGUGAAUGGUAGAGAUACUUUGAAAAUAUGUGUAUGUCAUCUCGGCCAUACCACUCUGAAUGCGCCAAUCUUGUCUGAUCUCGGAAGCUAAGCAGGGUCAGGCCUGGUUAGUUCUUGAAUGGGAAAAUAUGUGUAUGUCAUGCAUUCAUUUCUCCAGAAGCAAGAGGCAGAUUUAGAUAGCUAUUAAAAUAAUUUAUUUUUCUAUCCAUAAGAACUCUUUGUUGUUAUGUUUAGUAGUUUAUGGAAUUAAUUUAUAAAUAAAAGCUCAUAAAUUCU